AUAUCCAGAUAUCAGAAAGUACAGAAGUACGGUACCUUUGCCUGUAUGCUAGCAAUAUUAUAUAAAUAAGAUCAUAAGGUGUUGCUGUAUUGUAAUCAUCAUCAUGAAGACCCGUUUUACGACUCUUGAUAUAUCUGCUGUGUUGACUGAAAUCAAUGCCAAGUUGGUAGGAAUGAGACUGGCAAAUGUGUAUGAUAUCAACAACAAAACCUAUCUGCUAAAACUGGCAAAGCCUGAUUUUAAGGCUAUAUUGCUAAUGGAAUCAGGCAUACGUCUUCAUAUUUCUGAAUUUGAUUGGCCGAAAAAUAUGAUGCCUUCUGGAUUUUCAAUGAAAAUGCGAAAACAUCUUAAAGGGAGACGACUGAUUUAUGCAAAACAACUUGGAGUGGACAGAAUAGUUGAUAUGCAAUUUGGUACAGAUGAUGCAGCUUUUCAUAUAAUUUUAGAAUUAUACGACAGAGGAAAUAUAAUUCUCACAGACCAUCAAUAUGCUAUUUUAAAUAUUUUACGAUUCCGUAAAGAUAAAGCAGUAUCAUCAAAUGAGGGGAAUGCAGAUGAGAAUUCAGAUGUUCGUAUUGCAGUAAAUGAAACUUACCCAUGUGAUUCUGCAAAACAGCGCAAAAAUUUUUCUGAAAUCAAGUUGAAACUAGAGGAAGUACUAAAACAAGCUAAGAAUGAUGAUGUUUUGAAAAGGAUAUUAAAUCCUCAUUUACCAUAUGGAACAGCGUGUAUUGAACAUUGUCUUCUAAAAUCAGGAUUCCCCAUCAAUGCUAAAUUCGGUAAAGAGUUUAAUAUUGAAAAUGACCUGGAAUGUUUGUUUACUGGAAUAUAUCAUGGUGAGGAACUACUUGACACAUUAAUGAAAGAUUGUUCUAAUGGAUGGAUUGUGCAGAAGUCGGAGAAAAAAUCUGAUGGAACAAUCGUAUUAACGAAUACUGAAUUUCAUCCGUUUCUAUUCGAACAACAUAAAACUUCUCCAAACGUUAAAUAUGAAUCUUUCAACAAAUCCGUUGAUGAAUUUUUUGGGAGUUUAGAAUCACAAAAAGCUGAUAUGAAAAUUUUGCAACAGGAGAAAUCAGCAAAUAAGAAACUUGAUAAUAUCAGGAAAGAUCAUGAGCAGAGACUCUCAAACCUCGAUAAAGAACAAGAAACUGAUCUUCAUAAAGCACAAUUAAUUGAAGAAAAUUUGACUUUAGUCGAUCAAGCUAUUCACGUUGUUCGAACUGCUAUCGCUAAUCAAAUUGACUGGGCAGAAAUAAGCAGUUUAAUUAAAGAUGCACAAAUAAAUGAAGAUCCUGUAGCAAUGUCAAUCAUGAAACUCAAUUUAAAGAGCAAUGAAUUUACAAUGGCUCUAAAUGAAGCGUUAGAUGAUUCUGAAAGUGAGGAAGCCUCUUCUGACGAAGAUAUUAAAAAAUCUAAAAAGAAAAAGCGAAAACCUGUUAAAGUUGACAUUGAUAUCGGCCUUUCGGCUUACAGUAAUGCAAAAAAAUAUUACAACAAAAAGAGACAGGCUUCAUCGAAGCAACAAAAAAUCAUUGAUGCUUCUGGAAAAGCCCUUAAGUCGGCUGAAAAGAAGACAAAGUUGUCUCUAAAAGAAGCUGCUGUUGUUCAUAGCAUUCAAAAAGCAAGAAAAACUUUUUGGUUUGAAAAAUUCUUAUGGUUUAUAUCAUCAGAAAAUUUUCUUGUGAUAGGAGGAAGAGACGCUCAGCAAAAUGAAAUACUUGUGAAAAGAUAUCUUACCGGCAACGAUUUAUAUGUUCACGCAGAUCUUCAUGGGGCUACCAGUUGCAUAAUUAAAAAUCCAACAAGUGCUGAUGUGCCUCCAAAAACUCUCAACGAGGCUGGUACAAUGGCUAUUUGCCACAGUGCUGCGUGGAAUGCAAAAGUUGUAACGAGUGCAUGGUGGGUACACAGUCACCAGGUAUCCAAAACAGCACCAAGCGGAGAAUAUCUAACAACUGGUAGUUUUCUUAUUCGUGGAAAAAAGAAUUACCUGCCCCCUUCGUAUUUGGUAUAUGGAUUUGGUUUGGUAUUUAAAGUGGAGGAAACUUGUAUUCACAAACAUAAAGAUGAAAGGAAAGUCUCUGAGCUUCAAUCAUUCAAUGGUCAAGAUAUACCUGAUUCCACUGCAACUGAAUCGAUAAGCAGCGAAUUGGAAAGCGAACUAACUAUAGAUUCGGAUACAGAGGGUAGUGAUUCUGAACAUGAAACAAAUAGUUCUGCUGUACCAGCUAUUAAAGACGAGACCAAAAGCGACACAGCUGAUAAUGAGUCACAACUUGGAACUGAUGGCGCUGUUAUGAUGAAUAAAAAGCCAACUGACAUACAAUUUCCAGAUACAAACAUUCAAAUAAAAUACGCAAUUGGAACAAAUUCGGCUGAUGAAGAAGAAAAUCCUGAUAUUGUAUAUCUUGGUGAUGAAGAACCGGUUCUUGUGAAACAAAACAACCCAACUAGCAAACCUAGAAUAUCUGCAAAACAAAGAAGAGAUGCAAAAAAGAAAAAUCAACCGAAUUCCUCAGGUGAUCUCGCUGAAAAUGAUGUGAUUCCACCAAAAAAUAAAGAUUCACCAAAUCCGGUCUUGGUGAAUGAAAAUCCUCAACAGCAUCCUGCAAAAAGAGGACAAAGAAAUAAAAUGAAAAAAUUGAAAAGCAAGUACAAAGAUCAAGAUGAGGAAGAAAGAUUAUUAAAAAUGGAAUUGUUGCAACAGUCUCAGAGUCAAAAAGCAAGAGAUAGAAAAGCCAAAAAGGCCAAGUCAGUGGCACCUCAGCAAAAAGAAACAAAAGUUCAAAAACAGCCACGUCCUAAACCUGUGAAGUCACAAGAAAAUGAAUACGAUUCUGACGAGGAGAGAAACAAAGUAUUGGAAAAUGAACAUUUAUCAGAAGAAAGUAUCGGAAUUUUGAACUCUUUAACUGGUUGCCCUUUUCCUGAUGAUAUUUUAAUGUUUGCGCUGCCAGUGUGUGCACCAUAUAACACUAUGCAUAAUUAUAAGUUUAAAGUUAAACUUACUCCCGGUAAUACAAAGAAGGGAAAAGGUGCCAAAACUGCCCUAAACUUGUUUCAGAAUAUGCGUGAUACUACAGCCCAAGAAAAAGAUCAUUUGCGCAGUAUUAAAGAUCAUGAUUUAGCUCAUAAUAUUCCGGGUAAAAUAAAAGUUUCAUCAACUCAUUUGCAACUCCAGAAAAAGAAGAAAUGAAUGGGUAGUUAGAGAUGGGUUUUAUGCAAAAAUAAGGUGAUAUAGUAUGUUUAUUUUGUUUAACCUCAAAGCCAGGCGUAGCGUACUGUUUGGGGAAGUCCAAAUUUGUUGUAAAACUCAGUAAUAGUUGCAAUUUUGCAGAUGACUUUCAUAAAACAGUCACAUUUUCUAAGCUUGAUCUUAUGAAUGUAUGAGAAAAUCUGACAUUUUUGAAAUUGUAUCACAUUAGUUUGCACACAUCUGCAAAUGCUAGUAGUGGUUGUGGUAAAAAUUCAAUCUCUGAUUACUUUCAAAAAUAUUAAAUAGUACUAUUUUACUUCAUGUUAAUACUGUGUGUCCUAAUCUACCCUAUAAAUUUUGAUAAAAUGAGUAAUUUCACCAGAAAAUGAUUCACUCAGCAGAAAAAAGUUAUUUUGGUUAUCUGACUUCUGAACAUAAAUUUUAGAGUAUUAUUUUAGGUUUCUCCAAAGAAAAAAAAAAGUGCAUUAUGAUCUGUUAGCCUAUUUCAUUUUCCAAUAAUAAUUUUUACAAUGGGUUUCCCUAUUGAAGUAUUUACCCAGUACCAAACGUGACCAGUGCUCGCGACUGUAUUCAAAUCAUUGCGAAUGCUAUGUAGAUUUACAAGUCCCCCAAAUUCAUUUUCUAACUUAUGUGAAAUUGGAGGAAAUUUUAUUCACGAGUAUUGGAAGUAUUUAUUCUGUAAAGUAAUUGGCCAAUCUGGUUAAAGAUGAUAUUAUCGAGAGUUUUGCGAACUUAUUUUAUGUGCAAAAUGUUCAAAGUAAUUAAAGUUUCUGUCAAUUUAA